AUGGCUCUAGAUUCACGCUAUACGUGAUACGCCUCCCUGCCGCUGGCUCUCUCACUUGUCGGUGUUGAGAUCUUGCAGCUUCUGCACUCAAAGCCACACGUUACAGCUUCCUUGAAGAUUGAAAAAAAAAGGCUAUAACGACUCUGGUCUAGGGUUCCUGAAUUUAUUUGGAUCUUCACACUAAGUAAAGCCGAAAGGUUAAGGAAAUGCUUGAGUUGCUAGUCUUCUUGUUACUGGAUUGUCCAAAGGCGGUCGCUGCUUCAUGCUAGCUUUUGUGGUCGGAUUAUGGGAAGCGGCGGAGGAGGUGGAGCAGUGUAUGAGGGAAUUGGUGGUGGUUUGGAAUUUAUGUACGGUGGUGAAGGAUUCUAGGAGGAGAAUAGGGUGGGUUUGUGGGCUGUUCAUAAGGAGCAGGGGUAGAUCGUCGUUAGGACAAACGAUUGUUAAGUUUGGAAAUUUUUAAACGGAAAAGGAAAACAAAAUGCAGCAAGAUCACCCGAAGAAGAAUUCGACAGAAGUGGACUUUUUCUCUGAAUAUGGUGAUGCCAAUAGGUAUAAAAUUCAGGAAGUUAUUGGCAAAGGCAGUUACGGCGUUGUUUGCUCAGCAAUUGACACUCACACUGGUGAAAAAGUGGCAAUAAAGAAAAUACAUGAUAUUUUUGAACACAUUUCAGAUGCUGCUCGCAUUCUUCGUGAAAUAAAGCUGCUUAGACUGCUAAGGCACCCUGAUAUUGUAGAAAUUAAACAUAUUAUGCUUCCACCUUCAGGAAGGGAUUUUAAAGAUAUAUAUGUUGUUUUCGAGCUGAUGGAGUCAGAUCUACAUCAAGUCAUUAAAGCCAAUGAUGACUUGACACGAGAGCACUAUCAGUUUUUUCUUUACCAGCUUCUUCGUGCAUUAAAGUAUAUCCACACAGCGAAUGUCUAUCAUCGAGAUUUAAAACCUAAGAAUAUAUUGGCAAAUGCGAACUGUAAACUUAAAAUUUGUGAUUUUGGGCUAGCAAGAGUUGCUUUCAGUGAUACCCCCUCAACAAUAUUUUGGACGGACUAUGUUGCUACACGAUGGUAUAGAGCUCCUGAACUUUGUGGAUCAUUUUUCUCUAAGUAUACACCAGCAAUUGAUAUAUGGAGUAUAGGCUGCAUCUUUGCUGAAGUACUAACAGGGAAACCACUUUUUCCUGGCAAAAAUGUUGUUCAUCAACUGGAUUUGAUGACAGAUCUGCUUGGUACCCCAUCAUUAGAUACAAUAUCACGGGUUCGAAAUGAUAAGGCAAGGAGAUAUUUAACUACCAUGAGGAAAAAGCAGGCCGUGCCAUUAGCUCAGAAAUUUCCAAAUACUGAUCCAUUGGCGUUGCGUCUAUUGGAAAGGCUACUUGCUUUUGAUCCAAAAGACCGGCCAACGGCUGAAGAGGCGCUAGCAGAUCCUUACUUCAAGGGGCUGGCAAAAGUUGAGAGGGAGCUGUCUUGUCAACCAAUAACAAAGAUAGAGUUUGAGUUUGAGAGGCGAAGGGUUACAAAGGAGGACGUGCGAGAGCUAAUUUUUCGAGAGAUACUGGAAUACCAUCCUCAAUUGCUCAAGGACUACAUAAAUGGAACUGAGAGGACUAACUUUCUUUAUCCAAGUGCCAUUGAUCAAUUUAGAAGGCAGUUUGCACAUCUUGAGGAAAAUGGUGGUAAAAGUGGGCCAGUAAUUCCACUUGAAAGAAAGCACGUAUCUCUUCCUAGGUCUACAAUUAUACAUUCAAACACAAUUCCUCCCAGAGAACAGACCAUUGCUUGCUUAAGAGAUCGACAGUCUGCUGAGGAAACAUACAACAAAACUUCCCGAUAUUCUGAUGGAACUCAUGUAAAUAUAUCAACCCUGCAGGCACCACAAAGAAUUCCACUAGCUAAACCGGGAAAAGUUGCGGGGUCAGUUGUUCCAUGCGACAAGGGAAGUAUCAUGAAAGAUGCCUAUGACCCAAGAACUUUUGUCAGAGGCUCAUUACUUCCUGCUCAGGGUGUCCCUUCUGCAUAUGGUUAUCGCAAAUCUAGCACAGGGAAGCAAGAGAGAUCCGCCUUGGAAAAUCUGAGUUCUUCACAAAAGCAAGUCCAGCAACGUGGCAUAACAACAAAAUUUGCGCCAGAUAUAGCUAUCAACAUUGACUCCAACCCUUUUUUUCUGACCCGGGCAGGAGUGAAUAGGGUGGAACAAGUUGAUGACCGAAUUACAAUCAAUACAAACUUGUUGCAUGCCAAGGCUCAGUACAGUGCGAUCGGCACUGCUGCAACUGUGGCGGCUUCUCACAGAAAAGUUGGGACUGUUCAAUAUGGUAUGACAAAGAUGUACUAAAGCUGUGAAAGGCUUUGUGCCAAACGGACAGAUCCAUGUACAGGAAAAUUAAAAACCAAAGGAGAGAGAUGGUUUCUCGGGUACAUAGUAUCUGAUUCUGUUAGGCAGUAGGAUUGGUCAUGAGAGACUAUAUAUCGGGCGUAGGUGGUCAAAAGGAUAUGUAUAUUAGAUAAAAUUCUAUAUAAGAACUCCAUUUAUAAAAGAAAAUAACAAGGAAAGCAAGCAUGGCUUCUCUUUCCUCA